AUGGAACCUCUCGAGAUUGUGGGCGCCACGGCCGCUAUCGCCCAACUACUCAAGCUCGCUGUCGACAUCGGGGAUCAGGCUCGUCAGCUGGUCCAGUCCUUCGUUCACGCUCCUAAAGAACUCGCCGAAUUAAGCGCCAAGAUCGAUCGACUCGGUCUCCUACUCCAUCAUGCGAACGAGCUAGAUAAGGACUUGGCAAACGCCGAUGCUAGCGAUCUCAUCCCCGACGCUCACAACAGCUUGCUUUACAGCUGCCUUGGGGUCAGCUUGGCGGCGCUGGAAAAGGUUCGAAUGCUACAUGGAGAUGGAGGCCAAUCAUCUGCACCACACAGGCUACGUUGGGCUGCCAUCGACAAGAGAAAGGCCCAAAAAGUCCUCAAGGAUGUGACAGAAUCUGAGGCUGCUCUUGACACCGUGCUGAGUAUCCUCGGUGUGCGUCUUACAUCUUUCAACCGAGCCUCGAUUUCUGCAGUUCAGCUAGGACAGGAAGCCAUCCGAAACGACAUCACCACUGCGGUUCAGGAAUUAGAGUCAUGUUUCCAGGCCCAAUCUGGCCUGUUGGGAAAAAAGGUUAUUGAAGCCUCUACUACAACAUGCCAUGUCGUUGAGAGAUUAUGCCAAGAGCAACAAACGACCUCUCUCAUGUUCACCCAGAUGAUGACAAAGCUCCUGGACUCCCAGGAGAGAGCUGAGGUCCGGAUCACGGUAAUGCCGAUCCUAUAG